UCUCCUUUCAAACCAGGGUUGCAUUUUGGUCAAACCUAACCAUUUACGUUACGUUGGAAACGGCUGGUGCUUGUACGUUCCUAGCUUUUAGCACUCCUGAUUUUGAAAAUUUAUUUGAUCCCAUCACUAGCGAAUAUAUUUGCGGGUACUUUCGCUUUAACGUUUUCUGGCAACCUUGAGUUUGAAAUUUGAUUUGAUUCAUCACUACACAAAAUGAAAACUAAACCUAAGCAAAAACUACCAUCGGUUUGAAAACGCGGACAAGCAAAGCCAAGCAAGCAAUCUGUGUCAAAGAAAAGGGGCAAAAAAUUCAAACUGAAUAAAAAUCGUGAUUAUGGUUUUUAUGGACGUUCAAGUCAAUAAUUUGAUCAAAAGGUUUCUUCGAUAUAACAUUUUAGUAGCAGAUUCAGAAUCAAUUACAAUUGGAACCCUUUUUACGUCAUGUUGUUCCCUCCAGUAUGUGAAUUAUAGCAAUAUCCUCGGAUUUCUUACGUAUUGUAAACUGAAUGACUGCCUAAUAUUAAGAACUUCACAUUGUCCCUACAAUGGAUUUAAUUGGAGGCCUUGGCUUCUUUUAAUCGAAUCAUAUUGUUUCAAGCAAAAAAUGCUUUGUUAUCAUUUGAAAAACAAGAUUUCAUCAAACUUAAAUCGGUUGAAAUUCUGUACUUCAAUCAAACUAUAAAAAUAAACCUAACUGUAAUGAUCUAUGGCCGAACCAGGCCGAACUCAUUCCAUAAUCCGACAAUCGAGGUUGAGAGAGCCCAUGUUUCAGAAUCCGCGAUGUUGCCUAAAAACAAUCUCUCCCGCACUAGUCUGUCUGUCUGUCUGUCUGGCAAGUCAGUAUUCAACAACCUUAUCUCAGUGACUCAUACCUUCUUAAUACCAAGUUAAAGAUUGAAAAUUUCAUCUCGUUCCAAUCACUUGAGAUCGCUGUUCUUUUUCACCAUGGACAACAAAAUGAUGGAUAUGUUGUUCCAACUGAAGUUCAGUGGUAAGCAAUUGGAACGGCUCUCCAAAAAGGCUGAGAAGGACCAAAGGGCGCAAGAAAAGAAGGUGAAAGACGCCCUAAGCAAAGGCAAUGUGGAGGGAGCUCGAAUCUAUGCGGAAAACGCCAUCCGGAAAAAGAACGAGAGUCUCAACUAUCUCCGAAUGGCCGGGAAAAUCGACGCCGUCCAUUCUCGAGUUCAAUCAGCGGCCACCAUGAAAGCUAUGGCCAAGAACAUGGAAGUGGUGGUCAAGUCUUUGGAUAAGGCCAUUAACUCCAUGGAGUUACAGAAGAUAUCGGCCGUUAUGGACAAAUUUGAAGGUCAAUUCGAAGAUUUGGACGUUAGAACUUCGGUCAUGGAAUCGUCCAUGGGAGCUGCUACGACCUCUUCCACGCCUAUUAGUCAAGUGGAUGACCUGAUUAAACAAGUGGCCGAGGAAUCCGGAUUGGAAGUGUCGGCUCAGCUGGCUUCGGUGCCUAAUAGUUCCAUUGGCGAGGCCACGGCCACCGCCUCUACCUCGUCUGUGUCAGAAGAUCCUCUGAGUCGACGCUUGGCCGCAUUACGAAACUAACAUUGCAAGCUUAAACAUGUGACUUACGUUAUACCUUUCCGUUCCCAUCAUCGUGACCUAAAGAUUUUGAAAGUAUUUUUUGUUCUAUUCAACUGUGAAUCUAUGGACAAAACAGGACAGAAAUGGCAUCAUUUUUAUUCAUGCUUUGGUGAUGCCACGGAUCCAAUGACAGUCUUGCCCUCGAUAUUCUUAUAUUGAGUCACCAGCUUUCACUUACAACCUCGAAGUGAUAAAUCUCAUUCGGUCGUGUCCCUGUUCCAUUUCCACUUCUUGAACUAACUUGAACGUGUCCUUGGCACAACCCCAGAAAAUUGUGAUCCCACUUCCACCAUGGCCGUAGUUAUGGAUGACCUGGAAAAUAAUUACUAGAUUAGUAUAUUCGAGAACUUUAAAGUCUCUUCCGUGAGUUUACAGCCCGUCGUGAUCAUCUUUCAUCAAAGAGUAUAUUUGUUUCCGCUUAUUAUGUUCAGAGGGAACAAACGUUUCAACGCAAUUUUUUAUUUUGAAAGGAAAUAUCUCAAAAAUGUGCGAGAAUGAAUAGGGCAGUCUUUUUUCGGACUUUUUACAUCAAUGAUUGCCUGCUUUCCUGAAGACUGUUAAUACUGUGUUUCUAUAAUGAACUGCGCCAGGAAAGUUUAAAGUUAAAACUUGUUAAUUGAUAUCUUUCUAUUGACAGAAUUGUUAUCUUGAAAUCUAAAAGCUACAAUUCCAAAUGACACAUGUUCAAGUUAUCCUGCCCUUAUCAACAUUAUCUGUAUAUGAUUGCUUGAGACUUCAUCGACCGUAAGAUACUAAAACUUUUUCAGAAAUGCAACGAUUAUGUAAAUUGAUUGGCAGAGUAAUUUUUCCCAUUGCAGCCUUGAGACUCUUUUUUAAGGCUAUCAACUUUUGGAGCAUUUUUUUAAAAAGACGAUCGGUUCAAGUCAAGGCAAAACAAUUCGGUGAAAU